AAGGACAGCUUCAUUACCCCGUCCACCCACCCAAUUAGGAGCCAGAUGGCGCUUCUGGCCAAUCAAAUAAUGGAUGCACGGAUUCUAAGCAGUAUGAACGGGAGAGCAGAGCUUUCCCAGUUCCUGAGAGUCACCAAUCAGAGCAUGGUCCCGCAGGUAAACUCGGACCAGGAUGACAGCCGUAAGAACAGGAAGUACCCGUGCCCGCUGUGUGGAAAGCGUUUCCGCUUCAACAGCAUCCUCUCCCUGCACAUGCGCACACACACCGGGGAGAAACCCUUCAAGUGCCCGUACUGCGACCACAGGGCCGCACAGAAGGGCAACCUGAAGAUACACCUCCGCACCCACAAGCAAGGCAUUCUGGGUAAGGGCAGAGGGCGAGUUAGGGAGGAGAAUCGGCUGCUUCACGAGCUCGAGGAGAGGGCGAUACUGAGGGACAGACAGACUCGAGGCGGACACGUCAGCCAACAGCAAACAUCCAAUAUAAACCAACUUCAGCUCUCACAGACGGUCUCGACACAACCUCAGUUUUUUCCCCCCUCGGAGACGCAGCCGCACACCUCCACAUCUCCCACAGCCACCACCAUCUCCGACGCCAUCCCUGACCCCAUCCUGCCCCCCCCCAGCGGCUACCGCUGCUCCUUCUGUAAGGGCAAGUUCAGGAAGCAGCAGGAGCUUGAACGCCACAUCAGGAUCCUUCACAAACCCUAUAAAUGCACGCUGUGCGAGUUCGCUGCCUCACAAGAGGAGGAGCUCAUCGCCCACGUGGAGACGACACAUAUAUCAGCCAAUUCAGGAUCGGGGCAGAAACCCGCCAUGGCCGCUGGAGAGAAAAAGAAGCCCCUCGGAGAGUUUCCCUGCGAGGUGUGCGGGCAGACCUUCAGCCAGGCCUGGUUCCUGAAGGGCCACAUGAGGAAACACAAGGACUCGUUUGAGCACUGCUGUCAGAUCUGCGGGCGUCGAUUCAAAGAGCCCUGGUUCCUGAAAAACCACAUGAAGGUGCACCUCAAUAAGCUGGCUGCGAAGCGGAGUCUCCCCGCGGAGCGCGACCCGUCCGUGAACAUGAGUCACCUCACAGCCGACCAUCAGAACAACCUGUACUCACAGUACAUCUCACGCAUCCACAACAGGUUCCUCACAGCUGAGAUGGCCGAACCUCAGGAUUAUAACCAGAUGUUUGCUCAGGCAGGCAUCGACAUGAAGGUGAGGGAGAUGUUGGGGAGGAUGAUUUCUGCAGGUCCGGGUGUGACAGAAGCAGAGAGCUCCUCUUUGUUGGGUUUAAAUCCCCCCCACCAUCCGCUGAGCGCCUCGAGCAUGGACUACCUGCAGAAAGUCUUCUCAAACAGAGAAACAGUCAACAACAGCAGCUAUCCAGGCUGGCAGAUCAUGACUCCAGGUCUGCCUGUGGAUCAGCAGAUAUUCAGCGCUAAAGAGCAGCAGUCGUCCUACCUGCAGGAGAGAGGUCUCCCUGUGGAUGAUGGGAAAGUGUGUCUCACUGACACAGACACAAAGACCCUCAGCAGACCGGGCAGCCCAGGAAGUGUGACUCAUCCCGGAGCAGCAGAGACCAGCACGGAGACGGGGAACCCCCUCCUUGGAAGCGUCCUCGACCCUCAACCAAAAUCCUCCUCUCCUGCUGCAGGUGAGAAAGUCUACAGGUGUCCGCUCGCCGCUGACUUCUCCGCUGCACAGGCCGCCUCCCUUAGCUUCCAGCUGGAUCGCUACCACUUCCCCCCCUGGCAGACCAGCAGAGACCUCUCCUCUCCUCUGCAGCCACCCAGCAGCAGCUCCAGCUCCAGCCCCAACCCCAAACUCAGACCAAGGUCCAGGGAGGACUGGAGCCCAGCUGCAGGUCUCUAUCAUGGUCUGGAGAGUGAGAAUGCCCUGCUCCUCAACAAGCAGGCUGAGCUCUCUGAUAAAGUCAAAGCAGGAGGAAAAAUAUCUGCUCAAACCAGGAAGUCCCAGUAUGAGCCUUUAGAUCUGUCAGUCAGGCCUGAGUCUGUCAUGUCUCAUUCAGUUCAGAUGUCUGGAGUUUUCACUAAUGGACUCUCCUCCUCCUCCUCUGUGACCCGCCGGCUGCAGAGUUUCUCAAACACUGCAGCUGAACUGAGAGUGAAACCCUCAUACCAGUGUGACCUUUUGGUGCCGGGAACAAAAGAAGACAUGAACACGCAGAAAACAGGCUGCACAGGGCAUGAUUCUGAAGGUGAAUUUGAGAAACCUGAGCCGGGGAGGGAGGGCGAAAUAGACGAGGCUGCCAAGUGGAAGAUGCUGAAAAACAGCAUUCUCACACCGGAGGAGCCGGCACAGGCCAGCGCUGAUUUCCAGGAGCUUGAAGAACCGAGCGCUUGGAGCCAAGCUGCGUCUGAAUCUCCGAUCUCGUCCCUGGAGAGCCUGACUCCAGGACAGGUGGAUCAGCUCCAGCAGCAGGGCGGCCUCCUCUCCUUCCUCAGACCUCAGGGGAGCCUGAGCGGGUCGCACAAUGCCAGCGUGAACGGAGGAGGGGACAUGGAGAGAGACGGAGCAUUGGCUCAGAAGCCCUUCCAGUGCAGGUACUGCCCCUACAGCGCCUCCCAGAAGGGAAACCUGAAGACCCACGUCCUCUGCGUCCACCGUAAGCCCUUCGACAACUCCCUCUACCCCGACCGCCGCCUCCGCCGCUCGCACGCGCCCCCGAGGCCCUCCAGACUGCCUCCGAGCAUCACGGGAGAUAAUCGAGCGGCGGCGGCGGUGGGGAGAGACCAGAUUGGCAUGACAUCACUCUGCGGGACUUGAUGUUGUCAUGGCAACAGCAGACACAGACAGUUACGAUUAUUGUUUUAGCUUGACCUCGACGGGGUUAGGAUGAUUGAGAUUGUUAAAAAGAUAAAAAAAAACAAAAAAAAACCUUGAUGUACAUUCCAGUGUUUACUUGAAGAGCCUCAGUGCGUAUUUAUCUGUAGCCAAGACGCUGCCUAUCAUAAUAAUAAAGUCCAUGUGAUGUGAAAGUGAA